AUGAAAGCGAAGGGCCUCCAGAAGCUCCGGUGGUAUUGCCAAAUGUGUCAGAAACAGUGUCGAGAUGAGAAUGGCUUCAAGUGCCACCGCAUGUCUGACGGGCACCAACGUCAAAUGCAGCUCUUUGUCCAGGAUCCGAAUCGUUUCAUGGACGAGUUCUCCCAGGACUGCUGCUGCGUGUGUACUGAACUUGAGACUGGAGCCAAAACCUCACACUCGUCGGAGGAGUUUGAGAGAGGCUUCAUGCAGCUAAUGAGCGCGUGCCUUUAUUGGCGGCAUUUACUGUUGAAGGCACUGGUGACUGACAUGUUCAGGCGGGUCAUUUGCCGGGGUGCUGUUACAGGUUAUUCCACUUGUGCACCACGUCUGGCUGGGAGACCAUUGUGA